CUCCACGGCUUCUCGUCCUGUCUCGUUCCUUCGCUGGGGCCCGCUUCCACCAUCGGCCAGCCGACAUCCUCCCCCGCACCCAAGCAUCGGCCGCCGCGUGCCGGCCGACCACGGGAGCUCUUAAGUACACGCCAGCGCCCGUACACGCGCCCGCGCACGCACGCAAGGAUGGGCCGGGGCGGCGAGGAGGCGGAGGAGGAGGAGGACGUGGGGACGCCGACGAGGGCGGAGGAGUCCGCGUCCGGCGGCGUCGACGUCUGGAGCGACGCCGUGUCCUCCCACGCGCCGGAACACCUCGUCAUCAUGGUCCACGGCAUCCUCGGCAGUACUACUGACUGGCAAUAUGCUGCUAACGAAUUUGUAAAGCAACUUCCUGACGAUGUAAUUGUGCACUGUAGUGAGAAAAACAUGAACACCUUGACUCUUGAUGGUGUUGAUGUUAUGGGGGAACGAUUAGCGGAUGAGGUUCUUGACGUAAUCAGUAGAAGACCAGAACUCACCAAAAUUUCCUUUCUUGCACACUCCGUUGGGGGUUUAGUAGCAAGAUAUGCAAUCGCAAAACUUUAUAGAGAUCCAAAUAGCACGUUUGAUACCAAAGCCGAAGGAAACAUAUGUGGGUUGGAAGCAAUUAACUUUAUAACUGUAGCAACGCCGCACCUCGGUUCUCGAGGAAACAAGCAGGUUCCGCUCCUCUUUGGGUUCAUUACAAUGGAGAGAUUUGCUUCUCGUGUCAUCCAUUGGAUAUUUAGAAGAACUGGUAGACAUCUUUUUCUUACUGACAAUGACGAGGGAGAGCCGCCACUGUUGCAGCGUAUGGUAGAAGAUUACAGCGAUCUUCACUUUAUAUCUGCUUUGCGAGCAUUUAAACGACGAGUGGUAUAUGCCAAUGCUGAUUGUGACCACAUUGUUGGCUGGAGAACAUCCUCUAUUAGAAGAAACACUGAGCUGCCUAAGUGGGAGGAAUCCUUGUGUGAGAAGUACCCCCACAUUGUACACGAGGAAUACUCAGAAGAGAUCGAAGACGAGAGGUGUCAAGAUUCUUCAUCAGACUACGAUUUGGACAUAUUGGAAGAAAAAAUGGUGACAGGGCUUAGGCGCGUUUCAUGGGAGAAGGUAGACGUUAGCUUCCACACAAGCAUGCGGAGUUUCGCAGCACACAGCAUUAUCCAGGUCAAGUAUGCGUUCAUGAACGAAGGAGCAGAUGUCAUACAACACAUAAUAGACCACUUCCAGGUCUGACAAGUGACAAUCUUCCACCGUGUAGUUUUCUUGAAGAGGACACGUCUCCUUGGCAAACGCUGAUCUGAUCCGGCAUGCGCCUUGAUGGCAACCUGAACUUACAGAAUGCAGCGACUAGUACGCCUUGCUUACACUAAUUAGUUUCAGAUUUCAUCUUGUAUCAUUAGUCGUAACUGUAUAUAAGAGUGCCACGAAUUGUUCCGUGCUAUCGAAAGACAACAUAAGUUAGGUUCAGCAGUUCUACGCGAUUUAGGACCAGUUUGUGGUUUAGGAACUGUGAUGUGUUUAAAUGAUAUACUACUGGUAGUAUUUAACAGUAGCGUGGUGCGAAAAUGUAGCAACGGAAAAGGACUGGGUUGUGGAAAACCUGGUCAGGCAAAGAGUCUAAAAGUACUAGCACAAAGGCCUGUGUGUUGCUAUGGACUCAAAAGGAACGCGGUAGAUGUUCAAGGAGGAUUUGUUUUUCUCAGAUCAAAUAAUACAUGUAGACAAAUAAUAGUAGUACUUUCCGUCCAUAUUAAGUGUGUAAUAGAAAAUCGCUUAACAUGAGAAGUAUGAUUUUAUA